GUUUCAUUAAAAGUUUAAGAUCUUUUCUUCAUGGACAUUCCGUACUACCACUAUGACCACGGAGGAGACAGCCAAUAUCUUCCUCCGGGUUUCAGGUUUCAUCCGACAGAUGAAGAGCUCAUCACUCAUUACCUCCUCCGUAAGGUCAUCGAGGGCUGCUUCUCAAGCCGUGCCAUCGCAGAGGUUGAUCUUAACAAGAGCGAGCCUUGGCAACUUCCCGGGAAAGCUAAGAUGGGAGAGAAAGAAUGGUAUUUUUUUAGCCUCCGUGACCGGAAAUAUCCGACGGGACUGAGAACGAAUAGAGCAACGGAGGCUGGUUACUGGAAAGCUACCGGAAAAGAUAGAGAGAUUUAUAGUUCAAAGACUUGUGCACUUGUUGGGAUGAAGAAGACUCUUGUCUUCUACAAAGGACGAGCUCCUAAAGGAGAGAAGAGCAGUUGGGUUAUGCAUGAAUAUCGUCUUGAAGGCAAAUUCUCUUACCAUUUCAUCUCCAGAAGCUCGAAGGACGAAUGGGUGAUCUCUAGGGUUUUCAAGAAAACCGGGUUAGCUACUACCGGAGCCUCAGUAGGAGCAAGUAUUAGCGUUAGCAAUGGUACUGGUACGUCUAAAAAGACAAAAAUACCCUCGAACAUCUCCACAAACUACCGUGAGCAACCAAGCUCUCCUUCCUCCGUCUCACUUCCUCCUCUCCUUGACCCCACCACAACCCUCGGCUACACCGACAGCAGCUGGUCCUACGACAGCCGUAGCACCAACACACCGGUCAUAACCACCGCAAUAACCGAGCACGUGUCCUGUUUCUCCACUGCCACUACUACAACUGCCUUGGGCUUAGAUGUUAACGUCGACUCAUUCAACCAUCUUCUACCGCCUGUGCCGCCUGGGUUUGACCCUUUUCUUCGCUUUGUCUCAAGAAACGUCUCGCCUCUAUCUAACUUUAGGUCGUUCCAAGAGAACUUCAAUCACUUUCCUUACUAUGGGUCGUCCUCGGCAUCCACCAUGACCACCUCCGUUAACAUGCCUUCUUCCCACGGUGGCACCGGAAUGAACUACUGGCUACAGACAACGGCAGAAGAGAACGAGACAAAGGCCGGUCUGCUUAAUGGUGGACUUGAUUGCGUAUGGAAUUACUAGUCACAGAAAGAGGCGUUAACUAAUAAUUGUGUUCCCGUUAGGGUUUUUUAUGUUUAAAUUUCUAGAAUGGUUAUGAUAUUUCUAAGUGUGUCGAGGAGCUUAAUAACGCCCCUAGCUUGGUGUUUUUGUUUAAUUAUGUAGUUUUGUGUAUCCGACCGUGUUAGUAUAAGGUGCUCAAGAAAGUGUUUUGUGGACUA